AUGUCUACUUAUACCUGUAAUUCAUGCGCCCUGCAGUUUCCCACAACAAAUGACCAGAGAGAACAUAUGAAGACUGACUGGCACAGCUACAACUUGAAGAGAAGAGUUGCACAGCUUCCGCCUAUCAGCGAGGCAAUCUUCACGGCUAAAGUGAAGGCCUUCGCCGAGCAAAAGGAAGAGCCAGAAAGCAAAAAGCAACUUACCAAGAAGGAGCUAAGGAGGAGAGAGAAAGAGGCCCUCUUGGCGAAGAAAAAGGCCCUACUGGAGCAGGCUCGUGAGAGUAUCAAGCAAAACAUGGAAAAGGCGAAUAUCGCAGAGCAGACUACCGAUGAGGCGCAAAAGACCAAUGAAAAUAUUUCUUCAAAAGAUCAACUUGCAGAGGAACAGCCUUCGAACGAGCAGCCUUCAGACGAGAAGUCUUCUUACGAGAAGCCUUCAGAGGAACGGCUUUCAGACGAGCACUUAUCUGAAGAGCAACUAGCAGAAAAGCUGAUGCAGCAAAAAAUUGACAACAAAGUCGAUAUCCCACUAAAUCACUGUCUGUUUUGCACAAAGAACAGCCAGUUUGCUGACCUUGAUACGGCGCUCGACCAUAUGUUCAAGUUUCAUGGUUUUUACAUACCGGAACAGAAGUAUCUGAUCGACAAAGAGGGACUUGUUAAAUAUCUAUCGGAAAAGAUCGGUCUGGGCAACAUGUGUUUGUGUUGCAGCUUCCAAGGUCGGUCUCUAGAAGCCGUCCGUGCGCACAUGUUGGCCAAAGCCCAUUGCCGGCUGAUGUAUGAUAACGAAGACGAGAGGCUGGAAAUUUCGGAAUUUUACGAUUUUUCAAGCACAUACGCAGACUAUCCGCAGGACAACGGUGAUGAAGAAGAUUGGGAAGAUGUUGGCAGCGAUGAGGAUGUUGACGAUGCUGAGGAUGACCAACAGUCCGAGGAUCUCCCUCAGGAAUAUUUGUAUAAUGACGGUGUCGAGCUGCACCUACCAACAGGUGUUAAGGUAGGGCAUAGGUCAUUGCAGAGGUAUUAUAGACAAAACCUCAAACCUGAGAGUGUUCUUACUGAGGGCCAAGGUACACUAAUUGCGGCUGAGACCAGACACUUUGCCACUUUGAUCAAUCCUAAGGAGGUGGCUACCCAGAAAAGAGUCUGGCAGACAGAAGUCAAAGAUAAAAAGACUCACGAUAAGAGAGCAGCUAAGUUCAUCAACAAUCAACCUCAUUACAGAGAUCAACUCUUGCAAUGA